CUCCCUUCUUCCCUCCUCUCACUCUUCUCAGUCAGUCCAUCAGUACUCUGUGAGAGUGGACAGAGGAAAAGAGAGAGAGAGAAAGAGACAGGGAGGUGAAGGAGUGACAGACACAGCAUCUCUCUCAUCUCAGGUUCUGCAGUGGAGUUAAUUGUGGAGUGGAGUUGGAUCUGAGAAGAACCACAACACAAAACCAUUCCAGGAAUUUUGAGUGAAAAACACACAAACGUCUCAAAUAAACUUUACUCGAGACCCUGGCAUUGAUUUUUGAGCAACAAUGCUCUUCCUCUUGCACCUCAUCCUCUUCCUCAUCCCAAGUCCCACCCUGCUUUCCCAUAGUGCAUCUGUUCCCUCUGAGUCCCAGCCAAUCAAAAUGGUGAUAUCAGAGCAGUGUGUUUCGGACCCUAAUGAGGUCCAGGGUCGUGAGGUAGACCUGAUCCCCGGUUCUCCUCUAGUUCUGACCCACCGGAUUCAUUUGGUUCCUGGUUCUGCAUCCGGAUCAUGCUGCCAGUCCGAAUUUGGGGCUCUCCGGGAGCGAAUCGAGGGGCUCGAGAGGGAAGUUUCAGAUCUCAGGGAGAAAUGUGGAGGUGUGGAUGGAGGAUGCUGCACUUCACAGCAAAGUAAAGGAGUGGGCUGCACAACCUCAACAGAUGAGUGUUUGAAUGACUGCAGUGACCAGGGCCGCUGCGUGGAUGGGAAGUGUGUGUGUUUCCCUGGAUUUAGCGGACCCGACUGCAGUGUGCCCGACUGCCCCGGAAACUGCAGCAAAAAGGGGAAGUGUGUAAAUGGCAAGUGUGUUUGUGAUCAAGGUUUCACUGGUCCAGACUGCUCAGUUAAAACAUGCCCUAAAAAUUGCAGCAGCCAUGGCAGAUGUGUGAAUGGAAGAUGUGUGUGCAACACCGGAUUCACAGGUCCGGACUGUUCUGAAAGGACCUGCCCUGGAAACUGCAACAACAAAGGCAGAUGUGUGAAUGGGAAGUGUGUCUGCGAUACCGGAUUCGCAGGUCCGGAUUGUUCUGAAAGGUCCUGCCCCGGAAACUGCAACAACAAAGGCAGAUGUGUGAAUGGGAAGUGUGUCUGCGAUACCGGAUUCACAGGUCCGGAUUGUUCUGAAAGGUCCUGCCCUGGAAACUGCAACAACAAAGGCAGAUGUGUGAAUGGGAAGUGUGUCUGCGAUACCGGAUUCAAAGGUCCGGAUUGUUCUGAAAGGUCCUGCCCCGGAAACUGCAACAACAAAGGCAGAUGUGUGAAUGGGAAGUGUGUGUGUGAUACCGGAUUCAUGGGUCCGGAUUGUUCUGAAAGGUCCUGCCCCGGAAACUGCAACAACAAAGGCAGAUGUGUGAAUGGGAAGUGUGUGUGUGAUACCGGAUUCGCAGGUCCGGAUUGUUCUGAAAGGUCCUGCCCCGGGAACUGUAACAACAAAGGCAGGUGUGUGAAUGGUAAUUGUGUGUGUGAUACCGGAUUCGCAGGUCCGGAUUGUUCUGAAAGGUCCUGCCCCGGAAACUGCAACAACAAAGGCAGGUGUGUGAAUGGGAAGUGUGUGUGUGAUACCGGAUUCACAGGUCCAGAUUGUUCUGAAAGGUCCUGCCCCGGAAACUGCAACAACAAAGGCAAAUGUGUGAAUGGGAAGUGUGUCUGCGAUACCGGAUUCACAGGUCCGGAUUGUUCUGAAAGGUCCUGCCCCGGGAACUGUAACAACAAAGGCAGGUGUGUGAAUGGACAAUGUGUGUGUGAAGUUGGCUUCACUGGGCCAGACUGCUCUACCAAGUCCUGCCCAAAUAACUGCAGCAACAGAGGAAGAUGUGUCAACGGCAAGUGUGUGUGCAAUCCUGGUUUUGCCGAGCCGGACUGCAGUGAGUGUAAGGAUGGAUUCACAGGACCUGACUGCACAACAGCCCUGAUUGCUGUGUCUCACCUUGGUGCCAGAAACAUCACAGAAUCUUCAGUUACACUCUUCUGGACUCCACCUACAGUGCAGUACAACACAUACCAUAUCACCUUCACAAGUGAGAAAGAAAGCGAUCAGAAGAUCACAGCCACGGUGAACGGCAGAUUAAUUUCCUACACUCAGGUGGGCCUGGCUCCUGGGCAGCGGUACACUGUGACCAUCGUUGGGGAGAAAGAUGGCAAGAUGGGUUCCCAGAGCAUGACAACAUUCCAAACCUUGAUCUCUGGACCCAAAAAUCUUCAAGUCGCCAAGACAAGCACAACGUCUGUCAUCGUCCAGUGGGAGGAAGCGCAGGGAGAAAUUGACAGAUACAUCCUCUCUUUUUCACCUAAUCAGACAGAUGGAUCUGGCAAAAGUAGUCAGGAGAUGAGGCUUCCACCUGGGAGAGACUCUGCCCAAAUCGAUGGACUGGAGCCUGGUCGUUUGUAUGACAUUUCUCUGGUUGCGGUAAAAGAUGACACUCAGAGCCUGCCGGCAAACGUGCAAGCGACUCCUGACAGGGUGGCUGGUUUCUCUGAUGAGGUCAGGCCCUUAGAUGGAAAUGGACCAAAGUUACAGGACGGAAGAUUGGAAGAAUACCCAAUUAAGGAGAGACAAGAGGAAAAUCAAGUAAUACAUCAGCAAGAGGAAGGGGCUCUAGAAAUGGCAACAUUAUCAGAGCACCCUAAAAGGAUAAGCAUAGAAGAAAUGGAAGCUGGGACAACCCCAUCACCCUCUCUUCCUUUGGCAAUGACUCUGGUGCCAUCUGAAACACAGGAAAAAUAUACAAACAGUGGACAGGCAACAUCAAGAGACAGGCACCAUACCAAAACCUCUCUUCAGUUGCCUCCAUCGUUUAAAUACAGAUAUUCAAGUAGGCCAAAAGUAUCCGGAUCAUCAACAUCACCUAUAAAUAGCAGACAGUCUACUGCAUCCAUUUCCUCCACAAACUCUUCUCAAAUGCCAGAAUACAAAAUUCUAUUUGGAAAUGUAUCCUCUCUUCAAACAUCUUACCCAAUUGGAAUGGAAAAAGAAACCUUAAAGAUGAAGACAACAGCCUCCCAAGUAUCACAACCUGAUGAUCAAGGCUUAUUGACCAAAUCUCAACAAGGACUGGAUAGGGAUUCUUCAGUAGCCAACAUACCAGAAAGCAUCAAAGAUACAGCGAACAGAGCCGAUGGAGACAAUUUACCAAAACGCAAAGAGACAAUAAAUAAGACUGCACCACUGUACCAUCGCACACCACAUAGGGGUACAUUCCCACGUCGGCCCAAUAUUGGUCCAUUCCAAAACCGUACCAGCCCCUUUCAGCACAGGAGUCCCCUACGCAAGCCACUUCUGCCCAGAGUCAACAUCACUGCUAGUAUCAAAGGGGAGCCUGUAAUCAGGCAAAGUGUCCUAAACCCCAACCAUACACAAGUAUUUACAUGGCAGAGGAAAAAUGGAACAGUCAUUAGAUUUCCCCCAAAACCGAUUAAUAAAAUAAAACCAAACCACAAAGGCUCAAAUGACAAAGUCUCCAAAGCUGAUGCUCCAUUGGACAAAAAUACAAGCAAAGAAUCAAAUAUUUUCCUUCCAGAAGAUAAUGAUGCAAAUCCUAUAUUUAAUCUCUCCUUGUCAAUAGACAAGUCUCUAGCCAAAAAAGAUGACACAAUGCAGCCUGUUAGUGGAAGUUCAGAAAGCACCAUUGAUCACAUCUUACCCAGAGUCACAAACAGAUACAGCACUACUGGGAAAACCAUUCCCCGUCACCAAAGGGUAUCUGGAGUCUUCAGAGGCAGGCAAAAUGUUUCAAGUCUAAAGAUUAGACCAACAUUUAUACAGAUAAGGAAAAAUAACACAGUAAUCAGACUUCCAACAAACCUUCGAACUGAAGAAAAUGUACCUGCAUCCAACAUUUAUAGUCUGCAGAAAGAUAGCAAGUAUGAAUCAAGGCACAAACAUGCCAAAGAUCCAAAGAAGGAGCCUCGAAUUGGCCUGCCAACAGAUGCUGACAUAAACUUAUUUGAUACCAUCACUGUGUCAACAGAGAAACCUCCAGUAGGAACUUAUCAGACAUUACAAACCAUUAAUGAAGGUUCACAAAACACUAUUGAUCACACAAACAAAGAACACAGUCUGCACAGACUUACAACCAGAUACCAAAAUCUGUCAAGGGUCACAAAUAGAGAUCACAAACUACCCAGAGUUCCACUAAGAGACCUUGAAAUAUCAAAAAUGCAAACUAUGCAAACAAUUAUUGAUCAAAAGGUUGGAUCUGAAAUCCCAGGCCACAGAGAAAAUGUCCCAAACCAGAACCUUAGGUCAAGAGUAUUACUAAGAAGAAAAGAUGGAACCAUAGUCAGAUUUCAACCAAAACUUCAUACCCAAAUCAAACCAAACUUUACCAGCAUUCACAGUGGGCUGAAAGAAGCAGAUGCCAAUGUUGUUAAAGAUGCCAAGGAAUCAGUUACUGACACGACAGACAGACACACAGCUGAAAGUUAUUAUGAACCUAAAACUGCUGCUGUGAAUACAGAAGUUAGUAAUGAUAACAUUCUGCCAAGCGUAACAAACAGAGGACCGCAACGAAAUGCAAACAGAGAUCACCAUGUUUCCAGGGUCACAAAAGACCAGGAUCUGCCUAGCAACACAAACAGAGAGGACAGCACUACUAUAAAACCAGUUAACAAUCAAAAUGGGCCAUCUGAGACCUUCGGUAGCGAGGAAAAUGUUCCAAAUCAAAAUCUUGGUCCAACAUUCAUGCAAAGCAACAGUGGCAGAUUUCAACCAAAACUUCAUGACCAAAUAAAACUAAACUCCAGCACCAUUCAGAGUGGGCUGAUAGCUACCGAAGACAGAGUUGAAAAAGGCUCUAAAAAAUCUACAGCAUUUACUGUUCCAGCGGUUGGUGUGGCUUCAGAAGGUGACACUGAAUUCAACAGCACUGGUCAAAAUCCCAAUUUUACAACAAAAUUUACAAUGAAGAAGAACAAUGGAACAGUCUUCAGGCACAAACUAAAACCUAAAAUAAAGCCAAACCUUCAUGGUGACCCAAAGCGAAGUACAGACAGCAACUCUACUAAAAUUACUAGUCCUCAGAACACCAUAAAUCACAACUCAAGACCAAAUAUUUCACUGCAAAGGAAAACUGGCACGAUCGUCAGACUCCCGCCAAAAGUUUUUCCUCAACUGAAGCCAAAGUCCACUACAAUUCAUGAUGUCACCGGAGGGAGUAAAAACUCCACAGAGGACCCAAAACUUGGUUGGUCCCCAGAAGGUCCUCUUUCAACAGAUAAGGCCACAAGCCAAAGAAAUACCACAUUUCAACCUCUUUCAGAGGAUAACAUCAAUCAUGUUCAAAUCCAGAACGUGACAUCAAAGGGAUUUCUCAUAAUUUGGGUGGCACCAGAGGGAAGGUUCAAAAAUUUUGUGAUCAGAAUAAUAGAGGAGAUUGAUGAAGAGGUAAAUGAGGGUGUUGGCAGCAAACAGGAAGAAAGGAAAGAAAGGACAGAAGGAAACAAAAUGUCUUCUAAUGUUAUUGAGGUUGUCAGGAGGAACAGCAGCAUCGAUGAAGUUAGAAAGAAAUUCAUCAAGUUGCUUCCGGGUUCUGCUCGCUUGUACCCUGUCACAGAUCUCACCUCUCAAACCAAUUACUCUGUGACCCUUUACGGAACAGGUCCCGGAUUACGUUCCAAUAUUCACACCUUCAUCAUUACAACAGGUCCUGAGCCUCCUUCACACCUCUCCUUUACUGACAUAACUGACACGUCACUCACUGUGUCAUGGAGACGACCAAAAAGCUCUGUGUCCGGGUUUAAGGUCACAUACAUACACACUAAAGAAGGAGAACCAAUCUCAGUUAUGGUGGAUUCGUCAAGCUCCACCCUCUCUCUGACCAAACUCUCCCCUGGAUCUCCUUACGAGGUCAGCGUUAUCUCUGUGCUGGGAUUGGAUGAGAGCGAUGCAAUCAAGAAAAUGGUGAUCACAAUGCCUGACCCACCCACUGACCUCAGGGCCAUAAACAUCACAGAUACCAAGGCACUGUUGGUAUGGCGACCUGCCCUGGCAACAGUGGACCAGUACAUCAUCACGUACCGCUCUGAGGAAGCUCCUGGCUCAGAGCUGAGCAUCAGGGUGUCAGGUAACGCAGUUGAACAGCAACUUCAGACUCUAAAGUCUUCCACCAAGUAUAGCGUCAACAUCGUCAGUCGGCUUGGAGACCAGAAAAGCUCCAGCACACACACCACCUUCAUCACGGCCAGCGGCUCUCCUGGAAAAGGGGAGUCACCUCGAGACCUGACAGCCGAACACGUGACUGCACGUACUGCUUUGCUGUCAUGGAAACCACCAGCUUCAGCUGUGACGAGCUACAAACUGACGUAUUUCACCAAGGGUGGAGAGCGCAAGGAAGUGACCCUUAACCCUGGAGUCGCCGAACAUAAGCUGAGAGGGCUGCGUCCGUCUUCCACGUAUACAGCACUACUGCAGGGAGAGAGAGGCGGAGUCUACACGGCGGCCAUCUCCACUGACUUCACUACAGGGUCUCUGCACUUCCCGUACCCCUCGGACUGCUCUCAGGAGCUGCUGAAUGGAGAACUGGAGUCAGGUUUGGUGGAGAUAUUCCCCGGAGGGAAAGACGGACAAUCUGUCAUGGUGUACUGUGAUAUGGAGACGGACGGAGGAGGUUGGACGGUCUUCCAGAGACGAAAAGAUGGCAAGACCAACUUUUUCAGAGGCUGGCAGGAGUACAGAAAAGGUUUUGGAGAUCUGGAGGGCGAGUUUUGGCUUGGAAACGACUUCCUCCACAACCUCACUACGAUGAUGCCCAUGACUAUGAGAGUGGACCUGAGAUCUGAAAACGAGGCGGUCUUUGCACAUUACUCCACGUUCUCUGUGGACACUAUGAAGAAACACUACAUGCUGAGAUUGUCUGGAUAUUCAGGCACAGCAGGCGACUCUCUGAGGUACCACGAUAAACGGCCUUUCUCCACACACGACCGUGACCCUCAGCCCUUCAUCACACGCUGUGCCAUGUCCUACAGAGGGGGCUGGUGGUACAAGAACUGCCAUGAGGCUAAUCUCAACGGCCUGUACAACACACACACCAACCAUCAGGGUGUGAUCUGGACCGCAUGGAAAGGAAAGAAAUACUCCAUCCCUUUCUCCGAGAUGAAACUCCGUCCAGCUUCCUUCAAAUCACACAGUCAGGGAUGAACAGUGUGAGAGAAAGAGAGAGGAACAACAGACACACUCAUACAUGUACAGUCACACUUCAGUUCACUGACAUGAAAAUUGUGUAACCACAUUUUGAACAUUUUACACACACACACACAUACACACACAUAGGAUGUUUAUUCAAUAUAUGAUAUUGUACAGUUUGUGGAUUGUCUGUUUAUUAUUUCCUGCCUGUAUCCUGUGUAUUUGUGGUAUGUAUGAAUAUUACGUGUUGUAGCUCUCACCUCGACUGAGUGUGUCAGAGAGACAGACAGACAGACUGUCUCAACUCGGCUUGUAUUUAUCUAUUCAGAUGUGUCUCUGGUUUGUGAGUCAAGCGUUUAGAUGUUCUGACGCUGCACAGAAUUAAAUAAACAAAAUGGUUAAAGUAAA